AGCAAAACUCUUCCUGAGCACCCACUAUAGGUGGAUUGGUGCGGUGCUUUUACACGUUAGCCCAUGUAAUCAUCACAAUAAACCUUUUACAGAUAAGGAGACUGGAUUCAGGGGCUUCAUUACAUAUCUUGCUAAAGAUCACCAGGCUCUUAAGGAGCAGGAUCAGACCGGAACCCAGGUAGAUCUCACCCCAGAAACAUCUACCUGCUCUGGAAGCCACCCUAGGUACUCUUAACUCUAGAAAAAGGCUUGGAAAAGGAUUGAGAGGCAAUGGAAGGAUUAGGACUGCUUCUCCACUGAUCAUCUGAAUUAUAAUCGCCUGGGAUGCUUUAUAAAACUCCAGGUUCUCUGAACUACUAGUAUCUUUCCCAAUCUCACUGGUCUUGGUACGUCUAUUUCCACACUCACUGCGCUGGAUUGCAUAAUAAUGAACUCUUAUUUUGGCAGAUACUUCCUUCCAAUCAGACACUAGUGGAUUUUCACAAACUCUAGCUGACUUCAUACAGCGGCUUAGCGUGUCCAAGCGUCCAAUCUGAAUAUCGCAAAGUUUCCAAUUGCAAUUGCUUCCCCGGGAGGUGGAGGGACUCCUGGCCGGACACGUGACUCUGGGGAGCCGGCCUUGCUGUUCCGCAGUAAUCAGGAUGGCGGCUACGGUGACGGUGGAGCCCGCGGGCCGCUGCGCAUGGGACGAGCCCGUGCGCAUCACCGUGCGCGGCCUCUCCCCGGGACAGCCCGUCACGCUGCGCACGUCCCUGCGCGACGAGAAUGGCGCGCUCUUCCGGGCCCGCGUGCUGUACCAAGCGGACGCCGACGGCCUCCUGGACCUGGCGCGCGCGCCCGCGCUGGGCGGCAGCUUCACGGGGCUCGAGCCCAUGGGGCUGCUCUGGGCCCUGGAGCCCGAGAAGCCCUUGGUGAGGCUGGUGAAGCGGGACGUGGAGACGCCCUUCGCCGUGGAGCUGGAGGUUCUCGAGGGCCACGAGCCCGACGCCGGGCGGCUCCUGGGCCGGGCGGUGCUGGAGCGCCACUUCCUGCGGCCGGGGAUGCGGCGGGUGCCGGUGCGCGCGGGCCGGGUGCGCGGCACGCUCUUCCUGCCGCCUGGUGCAGGACCCUUCCCUGGGAUCAUCCAUCUGUUUGGGAGUGGUGGUGGCCUUUGUGAAUACAGGGCCAGCCUCCUGGCUGGACAUGGUUUUGCUGUGCUUGCUUUGGCUUAUUUCAAAUUUGAAGACCUCCCUGAAUAUUUGGAUGAUGUGCACCUGGAGUACUUUGAAGAAGCUAUAGACUUCAUGCUGCAGCAUCCAAAGGUGAAAGGCCCUGGUGUUGGGCUUCUUGGCUUCUCCAAAGGAGGUGACCUGUGUCUCUCAAUGGCCUCUUUCUUGAAGGGCAUCACAGCCACUGUACUUAUUAAUUCCUGUGUAGCCAACACAAUAACUCCUCUGCAUUACAAGGAUACGUUUAUUCCCAGUCUUGGCAGUGACCCAGGGAAACUUGUAGUUACUGAGUCAGGGGUUUUAAUUGUUUUGGAUAUUUGGGAUAAUCCACUGGAGGAACUCAACUAUCAAAGUAUUAUUCCAUUGGAAAGAGCCCAGGGGCCUUUUCUGUUUCUUGUUGGCAUGGAUGAUCAUGGCUGGAAGAGUGAAUUCUAUGCUCGUAUAGCCUCUGAACGCUUACAAGCCCAUGGGAAAGACAGACCCCAGAUAAUCUACUACCCAGGAACUGGUCACUGUAUUGAACCACCUUAUUUUCCUCUUUGUAGAGCUUCUGUGCAUACAGUGUUAGGCCAAGCAGUACUCCAUGGAGGUGAGCCAAAGGCACAGUCAAGGGCACAGGUAGAUGCCUGGCAGGAAAUUCAAACUUUCUUCCAUAAACAUCUCAAUGGUAAAAAAUCUGUGCCGUCCAGCAAAAUGUGACAUUGUAAUCACAGACCAGAUACUAUGAAUAAAAAUCUAAUUCAUACAACA